AUGUCUGAAAACAAACAAACCUCUCACCACACCGGAUUCAUGGACCGGAUGUUACAUCGCAGACAUCAUGGCAACGAACAAGAGCAAAAUGAUCGCAAUGAACAACGUGACCAGCAGCCUGAUGUAGAGCCUCAGGAGGGUGCACAACCCAAUCCACAUGUCAAGGAAGGCGAAAGGGACAGAGUUGAAGACUCUGUGGGCGAGGAGCGGAAGCUAAUGCAGGAGGGAGACACAUACGCUGGACUUAUGUAG